AUGGCGUCUUCCCCGCAGAAAUCUCCGUCCUCGCCCAAGUCGCCGACGCCAAAGUCUCCGUCCUCGAGGAAGAAAGAUGACUCGUUCCUCGGGAAACUUGGUGGGACUCUGGCCAGGAGAAAAAAGGCGAAAGAAGUGUCAGAGCUGCAGGAGGAGGGGAUGAACGCCAUUAAUCUCCCCUUGAGUCCCACACCUUUUGAGCUUCAUCCUGAAGACAUCAUGCUAGAGGAAAAUGAGGUCCGCACCAUGGUGGACCCGAACUCAAAGAAUGAUCCUAAACUGCAAGAACUCAUGAAGGUGCUCAUCGACUGGAUCAAUGAUGUGCUGGUAGGGGAAAGGAUCAUUGUGAAGGACCUGGCAGAAGAUCUUUACGAUGGACAGGUCCUUCAAAAACUGUUUGAAAAGCUGGAAGGUGAGAAGCUCAACGUCGCUGAGGUGACCCAGUCUGAGAUUGCCCAGAAACAGAAACUUCAGACGGUUCUGGAGAGGAUCAAUGAUGCUUUGAAGGUCUCCACCAGAAGCAUCAAAUGGAACGUUGACGCUGUUCAUGCUAAGAGCAUUGUGGCCAUCCUUCACCUGCUGGUGGCGCUGUCACAGCACUUCAGAGCGCCCAUUCGCCUCCCCGAUCAUGUGUCCAUACAGGUGGUUGUGGUCCAGAAACGAGAAGGAAUUCUCCAAUCUCGUCAAAUUCUGGAGGAAAUCACAGGCAACACAGAGGCUUUAUCUGGCAGACAUGAGCGUGAUGCUUUUGAUACCUUGUUUGACCAUGCCCCUGACAAGCUCAAUGUGGUGAAGAAGACUCUUAUCACCUUUGUUAACAAGCAUCUAAACAAACUGAACUUGGAGGUAUCUGAGCUGGACACACAGUUCGCAGAUGGUGUGUACCUUGUGCUUCUGAUGGGACUGCUGGAAGGAUACUUCGUUCCUCUCUACAACUUCUUCUUGACCCCUGAGAAUUUCGACCAAAAGGUUCAUAAUGUGUUUUUCUCCUUUGAGUUGAUGCAAGAUGGUGGCCUGGAGAGGCCAAAACCCAGGCCUGAGGAUAUUGUGAAUUGUGAUCUAAAAUCGACACUUCGAGUUCUGUACAACCUUUUCACCAGGUACAGACACGUGGAAUGAGCACAUGUCUAUGGGGACCUUUUCUUGAAUGACAUCUAAGACUCGCAGGCAAAUAUUAUGGUAUCGUACUGUAAUACCACUAUAUAACUGUCAUUUGUGUCUUCAGUUUUUUUAAGUCGAUGUAAAACACUAAAGAAUAUAACACAAAAAUAUAAAUGCUUUUCAUGGCGGCAUUCCAGACCUCAAGACUUAGAUUCUUAUUUGGGGAAAUGUAUUUUGCGUUUCUAUAAGAAGAAAUGUAUUCAUUGUAUUGAAGAUAUAGAACAUCCUAUCUUGCACUUCACGUUAUUCACACAUUAUUCAUCACACUAUAUUAUCCUAAAUCACAGUGUAAGAGUAAAGAAAGUCUACUUGGCCUGACUCAGGCUCAAGGCCUGAUAGGAGUUGUAGUGGAAUUUGUCCACUCCUAUUCCCAGUAUACAUGACCAAAUAACCAUGAUGUCGGAUGAAAUGCUUUUCUUGGAUUUCUGUCCAGCGUUUUUGUAACUUUCCACUUAGUGUUGUUUUCCUUGGAAGAAUUCCGUAGUGAGUGUGCCUUAACCAAAGACAAAAUAUUUUUAUAUCAUGUUGGCUCAGUCUGGCCAUCUGAAGUACCUUAAAACCAUAGCAAUGGGUUCUUAUUUUUGUUCAUUAUAAUUUAUUUUUCUUACAUCUUAAAUCACAUUAGGGCAACAUUUGUAUAGGUACCUUUUUAAUCAAAGAUUUUUUUACUUGUACAAUUUUUUAUCGACAUUUCAUAGAUGCCAUCAUUUAUAAAACACUGACUUUACAUGUUCAUCUUUUUGCACCUGAUAAAAAUGUAAAAAAAUCUACAUUAAACGUGGAUGAAACUGC